CCAUGUUCCUAGCAAAUGGCCCUAGGAGCCAUUUACAUACUUUUACCCGACUUUUACAACCACCUCUCUUUUUACGCAUUCAAUCUCUUGGAGCAACUCGCUCAACUCCCCGCAUCGCAGCAUCUAUACAUAGUGCUGCCGCGAUACCGGCAGCCGCAACCAUACCAAAAACAAGCAAUCCAAUGCCCUCACCUCUAACGCUUAACCUCGAAGCGAAAUGCUCUACUACAAAAGCCCGUGCCAGCACCCUCUACCUCCCGCACGGUCCCGUUCAGCUCCCAAUAUUUAUGCCCGUGGCCACGCAAGCUUCGCUUAAGGGGUUGACGCCGGAGCAACUCGCCCAGACCGGAUGUAAGCUGUGUCUGAAUAAUACGUACCAUUUGGGUUUGAAACCUGGGCAGGCAGUGUUAGAUGAGGUUGGUGGAGCCCAUGCGUUCCAAGGGUGGAAUGGGAAUAUCUUAACGGAUAGCGGUGGGUUCCAGAUGGUUUCCCUCUUGAAACUUGCGCAGGUUACAGAGGAAGGGGUACGGUUUUUGAGUCCGCACGAUGGCACCCCCAUGCUUCUUACGCCGGAACACUCGAUUUCGUUACAAAAUUCUAUCGGUUCAGACAUCAUUAUGCAGCUCGACGAUGUGAUAGCAACCACCUCCCCCGACCAUGCGAGAAUAAAAGAGGCAAUGGAGCGAUCCGUGCGAUGGCUCGAUCGAUGCAUUGACGCACAUAAGUACCCCGAGAAACAAAAUCUAUUCUGCAUUAUCCAGGGUGGGCUGGAUCUGGAGCUUCGGAAGGAAUGUUGCAAGCAAAUGGUUGAGAGAGAUACCCCUGGGAUUGCUAUCGGUGGACUUUCUGGUGGUGAGGCGAAGGAAGAAUUUUGCAAAGUGGUAAAUGCUUGUACUGCGCUACUCCCAGAGAAAAAGCCGCGAUAUGUGAUGGGUGUGGGAUAUCCAGAAGAUAUCGUUGUGGCUGUCGCCCUCGGAGCAGACAUGUUUGAUUGCGUGUGGCCCACAAGAACAGCUCGCUUCGGAAAUGCAAUUACUUCGUUUGGCACCUUGAACCUUCGGAAUGCGUCAUUUGCGAACGACUUUCGGCCGAUCGAAGAGGGCUGUCAAUGCAUGUGUUGCCGACCCAAAGAAAAGGGGGGUCUUGAGAUCACAAGAGCUUACAUCCACCAUCUUGCCGCCAAAGAAACGGCAGGAGCUCAUUUACUUACAAUGCACAAUGUCCACCAUAUGCUGGCAAUGAUGGGUUCCCUCAGAGCGGCGAUUCUGCAAGAUAGAUUUCCUGAUUUUCUCCACAAAUUCUUCAAGACAAGGUACGGUGACUACACGAGUAUACCCCAAUGGGCAGUCACAGCUCUACGUGGAGUUGGAGUUGAUUUGCUAGCUGGUUGA